AUGCCGCUGAGACUAGAGCAGAUGCAUCUAAACGAUGAAACUCACGAAGAAGAGCUUUCGAAAGAGCCCAAAAUUGAACCGAGUGACAAAGAAAUAUGUGACGACGUCGUGCUUUUAUGGCGCCAAGAACCCGCUUUCGAAGAUGUAGAAACAGCCAUCUUGCUCGAGAAAAUUGCAACAAGAAAUCCCCGUUGGGAUCUGUCACUCGAAAGGCUCAAAAAAACGCUUGUAGAACACAAUCUAUCAUUUUCGGAUGAAUCGCAGCUCUUCACCUACGCUGAUCAAGUAGAAAGCUCACAGUGCCCGCACAUAGAUCCCAAAGUGCUUGAAAAGAUAGAACUGCGCCAAACAGGACCCCACAGCUCGUCUGCAUUCGCACUGAAAGACCUGCGACAGGAUGAGGUUAUUUUUUAUGAACACGAGCCCUUGACACCCAUACUGCCGCUGGACAAAACUUCGUUGGCUCAGAAUGGCAGAUCGUGUGCGUUGUGUGGACAUUCACUGACUCAGAGUUCGCAAUUCACCGUAAAAAAUAUGCUGGACUGUCAACAAUGCUCCGCUGUUUGGUGUUCGAAGCAUUGCAAACGAUUGGAUGCUGCGUCGCAUGGCUUUCUCAAACAUCCGCUCUCUAAAAAUAAGAAGGUUUCUGCUGUUGGAUGGUUGGAAUUUGAGGACUUAUGUAAAGAGAACGCUAUGCAUGCAGCGUAUUCGGUCGGAAUCAUUUACGCUCGUAUCUUGCUCGACAAGCAGGAGGGCUCGCGUAUCAGAGAGCAGUUCGACUCUCUCGCACAGGUAAGUCAGAACUUACGUGCGAAGGCUGCAGACUCCACAAAUGUGGGUGGAACUUUCGACAGGACAACUGGUGCUGUUCCUGUAGAAGAACAAUCAUUGUGGAAACGAAUAUUCGAUUCGUUCUGCAAGGCAUUCCCCCAAAUUGUAGAGGAGGAAGGUUUGGACUUCGAGACAUACCUGACAUACAUUGGGAAAUUCAAUAUAAAUCAGCUUGAAGGUCAAAUAUUCACGAUCUACUCCCAUCUGAAUCACGAAUGUGAACCAAACGUGCGCUACGAGCUCAAUGCAAAAAGUGGUUUGAAGGUAUACGCGAGAAAAAACAUCAAAAAGGGCGAUCAACUUUUCACAACCUACGUUAAUCCACUUCAUGGUGUCACGUUAAGACGUAGAGAGCUUUUGGUGAAUUGGGGGUUUCUAUGCAAUUGUCCUCGGUGUCAGAAAGAGCUGGAUGCGCGGCAAAAAGCUGGAAGAAUAUCGACUUCUCUUCUUAAAGCCCCACUAGCCACUACAUCCAGACGCAAGUCGUCAAUGAAAGCUACAAAGCCAGAUUUGUCGGAACUAUUGAAAAAUGGUCAAGAGUUUGACUUGGAGAUUCCAGUGGAGUUUGGCUUCGACCGAAGAAGAAAAUCAGUAAGAUUCGACGAAAGAGUAAUGGCCGCAGUUGAGGAAUGA